AUGCCCAGGGCUACGGAAACCAAGGCCAAGCCAGUCGCCCAGCUCAAGUCCAAAGAUAAAGAACAUCCGCCUCCACCCCCAGAAGAAGUGCUCGAGCCGAGCAGCACCGAUCGCCCAGACGGCGCUGUCUACCGUGUUGGGAAACUAUUGGGAAAGGGAGGAUUUGCUAUAUGCUACAGUGGCCAGCUGCUUCCCACGAAGCAAAGGUAUGCUCUCAAGAUUGUCAAGAGCCAGAUGCCCUCCAAGAUGGAACAAAAGUUCCAAACCGAAUUACAAAUACACUCAAAAAUGCGCCACAAGAAUAUUGUCCAGUUCCUAAGAGCCUUCUCAUACGUCAACUGCACUUUUCUAGUUCUCGAACUAUGCCCCAAUGGCUCUCUUAUGGACAUGGUAAAGCGUCGAAAGGGCCUCACCGAACCCGAAGUCCGAUUCUACUCAGUCCAGAUCUCCGGCGCCAUUAAAUACAUGCAUAGCAAGGGUAUUAUUCACCGAGAUCUGAAAAUGGGCAACAUUUUUCUAGAUCACCAGAUGAAUGCCAAGAUUGGUGACUUUGGUCUUGCUGCGUUGGUGGUGACUGGUAGGGACAUGCAAACCAUUCGACGGACGACCCUGUGCGGAACGCCAAACUACAUUGCUCCCGAGAUUCUUGAGAAAGGAAAGAAGGGCCAUGACCACAUGGUCGAUAUCUGGAGCUUAGGCAUUAUAAUGUUUGCCAUGUUUACUUCGAAGCCGCCUUUCCAAUCCUCAACGACAGACGAGAUUUACCGCCGAGCCAGGGAGCGAGAUUACGAAUGGCCAAGUGCCGAGGUGUCCCAGAAAUAUAUUAGCCAGGAGGCUAAGGACCUGGUGGCCACGAUGCUCGAGGAUGCUGACCAGCGACCAGAUCCCGAUGAAAUCGUCCAGCAUCCGUUCUUCUCUGCAGGCUACAUGCCGGCCUCUGGCGAGAUCACCUCAAAACUACGAGAAGUGCCUCCUGAUGCGGAUGAAUAUUAUGCCUCGACUUUGAGCACCUCACUGCAGGUGCGGUCCCACCGUCACCUAAAGGAACUAUGUCGAGAGUGUAUUGUCGGGCCUUGGAGCGGAGAGAAAGCUUCGCACACGCAGAUCUGGAAAGAGAUGGCAGCUGAGGAAAAGGCGGGCCUAACCCCGAUCAUCCCUCUGGCGGACAAUGUGGUCUAUCGGCCGUUUGAUGACUGGCUAAGGGAGCAGCACCAGAUUCGUGCGAAAUAUGCAGCGUCUGUCUCUGCGCGCUCAGCCUCAACGGAGGGACAGGAAGAUGCCACAACUGGUUCGCAAAAGAUAUCUUCCACCGGCCUUCUGCGACAGCCUCCCCAGAGCUUUGCAGCUCAGCAACGAUCCCAAGGCCGACCGACUAUUUCCACCACUACGAGGCCUCGACCUGCCCCAGAAGCUACGCUGUCGGCUACCAUGUCAAUCUCACAAAGCACGAGAAUUCGACCCCGUCCAGACCGUCAAUAUACACUCACUCGUGAGGCAACCUCCUCUUCAUCUUCCUCGAGAGAGGCCCUCGAACCUACUGCGACCAGUACCCGAACUAUGCGCGUAUCGGCAAGGACCCAGCCGCUAACAGCUCGAUCUGUGCCUAAUGCGCCAAUUGCAGAGAGAGCAGCGACAAUCUCAUCCGCAACUUUGGUGAUUCCUAAGAGACGAGGUUCAGAAUCUGUUCGCGCGGCCACUUUGUUUAGCCCCUCUGAGACACCUAGAGUAAUGCAAGAGACGAAGCCCGAUGACAUUCUCGACCGAUUAAGCCGACUUCAAACCGAGCUCGAGCGAGCUCUUAAUUCUCGUACUAUGGCUAUCAUCUCUUCGAAAACGGCGGCGCCGCCUCAUCCUCAUAUCGUAGUCAAAUGGGUUGACUAUACAAACAAAUUUGGCCUUGGUUAUAUCUUGAACGACGGUAGCGUAGGAUGUAUUCUACGCGAUAUCCCUACCACUGAAGGCAGUAAAACCGCUUUGCUGCCCCCCGCAGGCAUUUUCAUUCGUAACGCCGAAAAGCAUAUCCUCAAAAGGCAAGACGAAUCUUACCCAGAUCGGCAUCAACCAGUGCCAAUGACUGAGCCUAUCAAGUUUUUCGAGAACAAUGGCGAGGCUGGCCUUUCGCAAGUCAUGGUCUCUCCUGAUCAAUUUCGAGUGUCGGUGAACGAGGAUGGCACCGCUGGGAAAAUGAAUCCCGGCAGAGACGUCUUCCAACACCGAAAGCGAGAAAGGAUCAUCCUGUGGAAGAAAUUUGCUAAUUACAUGAUUGCAUAUGGCCGAGACGACGUGGCCGAAGAGGAAGAGGAGGACACCACCAUGUCCCCAGGGCAAAAGGGCACGCCAGCGGAGCUGGUGACCUUUUACCAGCGAUUUGGAGAUGUUGGCUGUUGGGUAUUCGGCGACGGACACCUUCAGUUCAACUUCCCAGAUCAUACCAAAAUUGUUCUAGACGCGACUGGGACCUGGUGCCACUUCUGGCAUCUUCCUCAGGAAGCAGCAGAGCGUCUCGCAAACACAGGCUCUAUUGGCGCCACCGCUCUAGACGAUCGUGCUACGCUGUCGUAUCCCCUGCAAACUCUGCUCAACUUCCAGGCCAGAACAUCAGCACGAACAACCACUACCGCAGCGAGGAGGCGACCAGAGAUUGACCCAGAGAUUCAGGGUAUCCCUGCAGCGAAUGACUUCCGCCGAAAGGUUGAAUUCAUCAAAAAUGUUGUGAAAGAGUGGGUGGCCAACGAUGGUCUCGGCAAUAGCUCCAUGGAGAGGGAAUCUCGUUUGAGAUGGACUGGAUACCGAGAGACGGUCCACGCAACUGCUCCCCAGAAACAUGUUUGGGUAACCAUCGGUGCUCGAUGGGGAGACCAGCGCAUCUCAACAUUUGUCGACCCAGCUAAACCUUGGGAGCUGGGCGAAGAGGUAGAGAAUUCAAAGAAAUGA